CUAGCCUGGCAUUUCAAAACACGUCGCUCUGACUGUAAUUACAAUAAUCUACAAAUUCCUGUCGUAUCUCGGCUGCUGUAGUGUAGCGCAUUCCACGAUCGGUCGGCCACACGGGCUAUUGUUUUAGUUUAACCAGGGCGGGAAACCAUGCCGUGCCAUGUAGGUCAAAGGUGAAGUUAUGUCACAGGUCAGAGUUGAAAGCUGAUCGUGACGGGUCGCGCUGUGAGUGACUGUCUCAAAGAACAGCGAGGAGGAGGGAGUUGAGUGAACGCGGACCCAUGUGUGGUCAGACUGUGGACAGCGGCUAGUUUCUUGUCUGGACAGCAGAAUGGACGACAUGGGCGACGACGUGGACGUCAAUGACGACCUGGAUCCAAGAAUUCAGGAGGAACUUGACAUGCUUAACAGCGCUAGCAAUGACAUCAACAGACUGGAGAACGAAAUCGAUGAGGCGAGAGCCAAGUACCGACUGACGUUUUCCGAUGCUUCUUACAAGAUGGAGGCAAUGGGUCGUGGUCUGAAGAACUUCAUCCAGAGGGCGCGCGUGUACUACCAGCUGAAGGGAGCCGCCAUAGAGGCUCAAAGCGAGGCUCUGCGUGCCGCCCGUCAGUUCCAGACAGCCAAUGGAAUUUAUCGAGCUGCGAAAGAAACGAUCGCAUUGGCUGAACAGAAGUUGAUGGAUGACCAAUCAGCGGCUAUGUUGUCCAGUGCCUGGCAGGAAAUGCUCAACCAUGCAACAAUAAGGGUUAUGGACGCUGAGAGAGAGAAGACAAGGAGUGAACAGGAACAUCUCAGACGCUCCAACAUCUUCGUCGACCUAGAGAAGAAGCUGGCGUAUCUGGAGAAGAAGUUCAAGAAGUCCAUCAUAAAAGCCAGACCAUACUUUGAACUUAAGGCUGAACUUGAACUCAGGCUACAGCAACAGAAGCAGAACAUUGAUGAUCUUCAGAACGCUAUACGAUCUUCCAAGGCGAGGUACUCUGAUUCACUACGCCACCUGGAGGGAAUCUCGGAGGAGAUCCAUGAGAGCAGACGACAGAAGAUCCUGCUAAUGUUUCCGCGGGAACCGGGCGUAGGAGCAGACGACGAGAGCCUGGGAUCCAGUAUAUCCGACCAGAACAUAGAGCGAGGUCUGUUUGCUACUUCCUCUCCGACUGACGACCAUCUUGAUUCGGACACAGACGAGGUUGAUGACGUGUUUUCCUCUCAUGAUCACGUGACGGGUCACGCCCCGAAUGCUUCCUCUACUGGUAUUAACUCUCCAAAAAAUCUACCCGGCACUAAAAGCCUCGUGAACAGCAACGUGACUUCCAAGUCGUCCGAGACAAAGGGAGAUAAACGGCCGGAAGUUUCACAUAACACGCAUGUUGACGACAUCAGUGCUUCUUUUAAACAGUGUGAUAUGAUUAAUGGGAACAGUUGUGCUGGGGGAAGGGCGUGUUCUGCCCCAGGGGUUGUGAAUGGGGUAGUGAAGGACAACAGUAAUCCAGAUUCUCCCUCGGGUAUUAGACAGUGUGGUAGCGGGGCAGAAAUUACACCUGUGUGUGAAGAUGACGUCACGACUUGCACUAGUGACGUCAUUGAAAAGGUGAAAGACGUCAUUCUUCCAGAAAGAGACGAUCACACAGAAGGCUCCUCCGACCCAGAAGAGUGCGGUAAAGAUCUGAAAAUGUGCAGAGAUAGCAGGAUCGAAUGCACAGACGUUGUUUAAACCUGAGGUGUCUGCAUUUUAUCAGCCAUCUUGCCACAUGCCCUCCAGUGUUUCCUGGUGCAACACUGACACAAAUACACUAUUGAAUCGUUACAAAAUCCUUUGAUGCAGGGAACCAAAUUACAUAUAUCAUGACCUGGUUCCCGAUCCACAAAGCGUUCGUACCAUUACGACAUUCAUAAGCUUAUGGUUAAGUAUGGAGUUACGACAAGUCGUAACUUUAUGAACGCUUUGUGGACCGGGACCCGGAUUCAUAAAUACUCACAUUGAAUCCUGUUUGGGUACGUAUAUUCCAAGCAACUAAAGGCACUCGUGGAGUGACGCUUUUUGAAUCGAAAACUGGAAACAGUUUGCUCGGAAGUUACUUUUAUUAAACAAGAGAUAGACAUUGGUUCGUUCACAUUUGUGACUUGUUAGGAUAUACAAACAAAGAUAUUGAUUGUUGGUUGACAAUACUGAGCGCCAGUCUUUUGUAUGAAUACUUUUGUAAUAAUAAAUGUUCAUUUACCGA